AUGCAAUACCUCCCGGCGAAAGACUACGAUAUUCCGAACAUCGACCUCCUCUCCUUACUAUUUGAUUCCCCUCUGUCACUUACCACGGAAACCACUGUUCUCCACGCCGAAGCCGCAGAUCCAACAAAUAACAUCACCAAAGCCCAAGCCCGAACCAUCACCAAGCGCCUCGCACAUGUGUUCCGCACCGACUUUGGGAUCGGAAACAAUGGCGCCGGAAAAGACACAGUUCUCUGUAUCUCAUCGAACCAAGUACUUCUUCCAGCGGUGUUCUACGCCAUCAUCGCCGCUGGAGGUGUAUACACCGCAGCAUCGACGGCCUUUACACAAUCAGAACUAUCUCGACAGAUCCAACAGUCAAGAAGCCAAUUGAUCAUCGCUAGUGAGGACAACAAAGCGAAAGCUCUUAAAGCGGCGAUUGCAUGCGGGAUUUCAGAAUGCAGAGUUCUGAUCCUGGAGAGUAGAAGUCACAAACAUCUACUACGUGAUACUGUUGACCCCGAGAGAAGCUAUCUCGAGAAUACUAAAGAGCUGGACUGGGAACGAGUCUCAGAUCGAACCGAGUUAGAAACAAGACUCAUCUGUCUCCUGUUUUCAAGCGGUACUACCGGGCCCCCGAAAGGCGUUAUGCUGUCUCACAUGAACCUUGUUUCUGAGGCGAUUAUCCCGCAAUUGGUCCUUCGCGAGUCCAGAAAGGGAAAACCGCAUCUUGAAGUCCCUUAUCGAACUAUUGGCCAUCUGCCUACUGCGCAUAUUGCGGGCUGUCAGGGGUAUUUUAUUACUCCUGCCGUUGCGGGGGGCACUGUGUACUGGAUGCCCAAGUUCAACAUUAACCUGUUCAUGGACUAUUGUAAAAUGUACCAGGUUACGUUUCUGGCCACUGCGCCGCCGAUCUAUCUUGCUGUUGCGGAGAGUCCUCGAGUCACGGACCAUUUUAAUAGUUUGAUCCGAGCGGAAUCGGGGGCUGCACCGUUGUCUACAGAGGUCCAACGACGCGCGGAGGAGAAACUGGGUUGUUCAAUCAGUCAACGCUGGGGAAUGACCGAGUCUACUGGGAGCGUGACUACGAUGCCUUGGGGUCAGGCUGAUAGCACGGGGAGUAUCAGUCCUUUGCUUCCAAAUACGAGACUUCGCAUUGUGGAUGAGCAAGAUAAGGAUGUUGAGCAAGGCAUGGAGGGAGAGAUAUUGGUUAAAGGGCCCAUGGUCACCAAAGGUUACUUCGAGAACCCAGAAGCUACUGCUGCGGCUUUCGCAGACAACAGAUGGUUCCGAACAGGUGAUAUUGGCGUCUGGAAGGACGGCAAGAUCUACAUGGUGGAUAGAAAGAAGGAACUUAUUAAGUACAAAGGACUUCAGGUCUCCCCAGUAGAGGUAGAGGCUUGUCUCCUUAGCCAUGAAUGCGUAGCAGAUGCUGCUGUCAUUGGAGUGCCAGACCCAUCAGCACCUGGGAACGAGCUUCCCCGAGCAUAUAUCGUGGUAGAGAACAAUAGAAGCAUUUCUGAGGAGGAAGUAAAGGCCCACGUCGAGGCAAAUAUGGCGCGCCAUAAACAACUUAGGGGAGGCGUGGUGUUUACAAAAGAAAUCCCGAAAAGCUCAUCCGGAAAAAUACUUCGACGGCUACUAAGGGAUCAGACAACAAAGUCGACGGAGCCACGGGCGAAACUAUAA